CUUCUAGGUUCUUGCGUACGGAGUAUAUUAAGUAGCUGCAGGGAAAAAAAUGUCGGGAGCACGACCCAAGCGGAAAUAUCGUUGCUGUGCUGCCUGCACGCUGCGAUUGAAGUAAAGGCGUUUAUUGCGCAGCAGGCCGUCGGAGUAGUACUAUCCCUAUGGCUGCGGCAACAGCGUCAACGGUGAUGCUUGCGCAGCACGUGAGCUCGCUGCACGACGAGCACAAUUCCAGCCACCACAGCGAUCAGCGGAAGUACAGUAUCCAAUCGCAGGAGUCGACCUUCAAAAUCUUGAAUCGCGCACUGGACGCCCGUGGGCAACACCCAGACGCGGUGAAGAAGGACAAGAAGAUGGCACACAGCAACGUCAGUCCGGCGCGGUCGAAAGACUUGGACAAUUUUGACAACGGCCACAACGACCCACCGCGCAGCCGCAACGUCUCGCCCGUGCGAAAUCGGGGGUCGUGUCCGAUGCACCACAAUUAUCCGAGUAGCUACGAGGACUAUGAUCCGAGUUCGCCUUCCUGCAAAAUGAACUUCAAUGGCUUUAAUAGCCCCACCCCGAACAGGCAUUCGACGUUUUCCGCCAUGAGCCCGAACACGCAGGGCUAUCGCUCCGUUCGGCAAAUCAUGCGGUUUUGCGGUCGGGACCAAAGCAAGUCGUCGUCCAGUAUGUCUCUGGACUUCCCCUCGAGCCCGAGAAAAAGAAGCUGCUGCCUGUUCGGAUGCACGAAGGCGAAAGUACUGUGACUAGCAGUGUAGAUGUACACUUUCGAUAGACCACGAGUAGGCUCGUUUUGUUCGCGCGUGGUGACGCACCAGAAGGUGCAGCUUCAUAUGCCGUGCAGUUUGUUGAGUCGUUGAUGAAAAAUGUCGCUCAUCCAGGUAAUCGAGUUUAUCACUGGCCGUAUCGGCGGUGAGCUGGAGCCUCGUACCAUCGACCUGAAAGGCCUCGCGCAGAGGAACGGCCACGAGAAUUGGGAGAAAGUUCCCAUGCAGGACCAAGCGAUGCUGAUCCACCAGGCGCUGAGCUCAAACUUGGCGUUUCUUAUUGACCCGACGGCAGGCUACAUGAAAAUAUGGGACAUUGUGGUAAGGUGAAAUUUGUUUCAUACAUAUGAAAAGCCACUGCAACAUAGGACAGCACGCUAAGUAACAGGCAAGAUCACUUAAAUAUAGCCGCAAAACGGACAAAAAGCUAAAAAUCUACGCAUCAACAUACCAACCAGAUUAUGACCGCGCUGCUUUUCACGUGCCUGGUUACCCCCUUUGAAGUGGGGUUCAUUUUACCUCUUUCUGGGUCUUCCUGCGGGUUGACGCCGCUGAGCUUCAGCAACCGUGUGAUUGACGUCAUCUUCCUGAAGGACAUGAUUAUGCAGUUUUACCUGAAAGUAGAGCAGAAAUCCCGGCGCGGCACCGUCCUGUUGCGCGACCGCCGACAGAUCAUCCAGAAGUACCUUUCCGGGUGGUUUCUGAUUGAUUUUCUCUCUAUCAUCCCCUACGACUUGAUCACGUGCUGGUCCGGUGAGUCGCUCGGUACGUUCCGGAUCUUCCGGCUCCUGCGACUGUUGAAGCUGGCAAGGAUCUUCCGUGCGUCGCGGCUGUUCAAACGAUGGCAGGACCACAUCUCUCUUUCCUUCGCUUCCAUCGCGUUGGCAAAAUUCGGGAUCGGCAUCCUGCUCCUUUCGCACUGGACCGCCUGUGUGUGGGGCCUCGUGGGGCUCGAGUUUACGGGGAAGCCGACCAACUGCUGGCUCAACUCUGGGGACGAGCUCGUCAACCCGCGGACCAACCAGGUGAGCAUCGUGGCGUCGCGCGUGCGGAACCCGUAUCGGGACCCGUUUAACGACUGGAGCUCCAGCAGUUGGGUGAAGAACACGUUUGUCUUGGGUAGUUACGGGAACAACGGGGCCAGUCCGACGAUAAGUUCCAUGACGGACCAGGAGAAGCAGCAGUUUCUGCACGCGGACGACCCGUGCCUGGAGUUCAGCGUGUACGUGAUCGCCUUGCACUGGUCCGUGAUGACCAUCACAAGCAUUGGGUACGGGGACGUGACCCCGACGCACUGGAAUGAGUACUUGACCUGCGUCAUUGUCAUGUUCAUUGCCUCCUUCUCCUGGGCCUACGUGAUGGGUAACGCCUGCAGCGUGAUCAUGAACAUGGACCCGGUGCGCGUCGAGUUCGAACAGUCCAUGGACCAGCUGAACAGUAUGAUGAAAGAGCAGCUGGUACUGAAAGUUCUCGAUUGAAAAAACGUUUAUGCACUCCAUGUGGCUCGGUGAUCGUGUGGUCUGUAUCUUUCAACUACUGACGCCGCGGCCCAGGAGAUAUAGUUUUCACACAAUUCUACAACUCUAACUCAUCUCCACACAACAGGUCCCUCCGACCCUCCAGCGUAAGCUGCGCGAGAACAUGCGAGAAGCGCAGAACCUGCAUCGGUUGCUGCGGUCGCGCGAACUUUCGAAGGACAUGGCGCCGUCGAUAAAGUGCGAGCUGAUUAUGCACACGAGCAGCCAGUGGAUCAAGGAUGUGACGUUCCUUCGCGGCUGUUCCCCGUCCUUUAUCCUGGAACUAGUCGACGGGUUUGACGUUUUGAUGUUCGCCCGGAAGGAAAAAAUCAACAUGCCCUACGUGCGUCUGUGUGUGGUGGAGCGCGGCGCGGUGGGGCGCGCGGGGAAGGUGAUGGUCCCUGGGUCCGUAUGGGGCGAGGACGUGAUUUUGGCCGACCGAAGGCUGCAGCACGUCGCCCACACCACCGCCCUAACAUUUGUGCAGCUGCUGUCCCUCGGGAAGGAGCAACUGGACAAUAUUCUUCGCGGGUACCCGCGGGAGCGAAGAGCGAUAAGAAAAAUCGCCUGCAAACUCGCGUUGCGCAGGGCCGCGUCGCUGGUGGCUAGCUACUCGAAGAAAAAGUGUCUGUCGGACGUGGCCUCGUAUCAGGGGCCGCGGCUGCUGCGCAUAUUCGACAGCGGGAAGUCCAGUGACGACCCGCUGGAUGUGAUGAACUCACCGAUACUGCCGCAGAAGUCAAAAAUUCACACGUUUGACGACUUGGUAUAAGAACAUUUUUGGAGAAAAUUGGAUUUGAGUUCGUUGUUUUCUCUUGUUUGAUCCGGAUAUUAACAUGACUACAACUUUUUACCAACUAGUAGGUGCACCAGCAUUUUCACUUUUUUCGCGCGAAAAUUCAACAGUUGCGGCUUUUCUCGCAAGAGGAGUUGCAAGCGGCCAACGAAAGAGGUCCACGCGUCAACUUCCGCGGUAGAGACGACAAUCGCGGCAUGGAAAGCAGGAUACGGGAGGACAUCAACAGUUUGCAGAGCCACAUGCAGCAACUUUCCGAGCAGCUGCAGGUGCUGGUGUCCGCCCAGUCCUCCCUCGCGUCCAGUAAAACGAGCAGCAAGCAGAGUACGAAGAGCUCGAGUAGCAUGGAGAAUUCCCUGAAAGAGAAAGAGAAGCAGAGCAAGGACUCGAGCCCGCGACGAAGGCGGCGAAACCAACAAAACAGGGGAGAAGUAGUCCCUUCCGCGCAGGAGCGGAGGGAUCCGAUCUCGGAGGACAUGCAGGGACGGGGGCGAGACGGCUCCGAGCUGCCGCCAAGAGGAGCCGUAGGGGAGGAGUUUUAUCCAGAGGACAGCACGUCUGUGCAGGAUGAAAACCGAGUACUACAGCAACCGAUCGACCCACAUGUGCACCUGCAAGACCAGCAGUUGGUGAAUACCCGGCGGGAUGUUGACGUGCAGCAGCGAAGCGUGAACAUCGCGGAUGUAACGACCGUCGUUUUGGAGGACGGGAAGAAUGUGGAGUCUUCCAGAAGACAUAUCCCACCCGUUGCGGUCGUGCCACCAGCGCAACCAAAAACGUCAAGUGUCGAUGUGACGACCGUGGUCGAUACGACGGAGGUAGAUCUGGACAAGACGCAGCCCUCCUCGGCGUUCGCCCGGUUUUUCCGCCCGGUCGGAUAAGAGGCAACGGCGCGUCGAGAUGGUCGCAGGAGAAAAACCAAUGAUUUACCUUGAUAUCUUCUUUGUAUGAUAAAGCAAAAUAAAAAUGCAGGCUCUCCUGCUGCAACUGUCCUUCUCUGAUAGGGACGGGAGCAGACCGAGGGGACGCAGUGGAAUUUCUCAGGUACAGUAACACUCUCAGUGUCAUCAAACCGUUUCUUUGUAGCACCGUCGAAGAACGUCUUCAAAAGUCUGAGCUUACCAAGCAAAAUGCAACUUUUAAUAUCAAGCGACGUUGAUAAAACUUUACUGUUACUACGACCACCUGUAAAUUACUUCUCCCUUUAAAAUGCACGGCGGGACGGUUAGUCAACCUCCUAGGAACUCUGUUGCCCGAGAACCUACUUAUUUAUGGUUUGCAGCUGUUGCCUUGUCAACCG